AUGCGAGUUCGAUCAGUCAUGUCGAAGCUCACGAUCUUCCUGCUGGUUUUGUUCUGCCUGCAGAAGCAGCAGCUGCAAUCCCAAUCCCAGGAGAUCAUCUGCGCCGGCGAGGUCGCCGGAGGAGCCUUCUCCGGCGGCCGGAGCUAUUCCUCCUGCAUCCCCCUUCCCUACCUCGACGCCAUUCUGUUCUGGACCUACUACCCUUCCAGCGCCGCCCUCGACGUCGCCUACCGCGCGCGGCAGUCGCCUGCCGGCUGGGUCGCCUGGGCCAUCAACCCCACCGGCCGCGGCAUGGUCGGGGCCAACGCCUUCCUCGCCUUCCCUGACGCCGCCACCGGCGCCGCCACCGUGAUCACCACCCAGCUCCCGAGGCACAACCUCCAGCCGAGCGACAUCAGGGACGAGGCGCUGACCUACGCGGUGUAUGGCCGGGAGGCGGAGUACUCCGCCGACGGCGGGUAUUACACCAUCUACGCGACGGUGGAGCUGCCGGGGAACAGGACGACGCAGAACACGGUAUGGCAGGCGUCGACGACGUUCGCCGGCGGACUGCCUUUCAACCACCCGUUCGAUCGCGACCACUUGUCGUCCUUCGCGAGUCUGGAUUUCCUCACCGGCGAGUUGGCGUGA